AAUUCAAUAAAACGUUUGACAAAAGGUAGUUUUGCAAAGGAAACAUUUAAAAGAUCAAGAUCUUUCAACAUGAGCCUGCAAAAGGAUAAGUUACAGUAUAUGUCAGGAUUUGGUAAUGAAUUUACCAGUGAAGAUCCCAGAUGCCCAGGUGCUCUACCAGAAGGACAGAAUAACCCACAGAAAUGUAAAUAUGGACUGUAUGCUGAACAAUUAUCUGGUACUGCCUUCACUGCACCAAGAGAAAGUAAUGAAAGGAGCUGGCUUUAUCGUAUCCGACCUUCUGUGAAACAUAAUCCAUUCAAACCAAUUGACAAUGGUCUUUUUACUAAUGACUGGGACAAAGUUAAACCAAACCCAAACCAGAUGAGAUGGAAACCAUUUGAUAUAACAAAAGCUAGUCAGAAGAAAGUGGAUUUUGUUCAGGGUAUGGCUACAAUUUGUGGAGCAGGAGACACCAAAGGUAGACAUGGACUGGGUAUAUAUAUUUACACCUGUAACACAUCAAUGGAUAAUAAGUGUUUCUACAGUUCAGAUGGAGAUCUUUUGAUAGUACCACAACAAGGAGGACUUUUGAUAACAACAGAGUUUGGAAAAAUGCAGGUGGAUCCAAAUGAAAUUUGUGUUAUUCAGCAAGGAAUAAGGUUUAGUGUUGCAGUAUCAGGAGAAACAAGAGGCUACAUGAUGGAAGUAUUUGAUGGACAUUUUACACUACCUAAUCUUGGACCAAUAGGUGCCAAUGGCUUAGCAAAUCCUAGAGACUUUUUGACACCCACAGCUUGCUACGAAGACAAAGAUUGUGAUUAUACAGUCACUAGUAAAUUUCAAGGUCACCUUUUCUCAGCAAAACAGGGUCAUUCUCCAUUUGAUGUUGUAGCUUGGCACGGAAACUAUGCACCAUAUAAAUAUAAUCUGGAUAAUUUUUGUACUAUGAACACUGUAUCAUUUGAUCAUGUGGACCCUUCAGUAUUUACAGUUUUAACAUGCCAGUCAUUGAAACCAGGAACUGCUAUAGCAGACUUUGUGAUUUUCCCUCCAAGAUGGAGUGUAGGACAGAACACAUUUAGACCACCCUAUUACCAUAGAAACUGUAUGAGUGAGUUUAUGGGACUUAUACUUGGUAAAUAUGAAGCAAAGGAAGAAGGUUUUAGUCCUGGAGGUGCUACAUUACACAGUAUGAUGACACCACAUGGUCCUGAUGCUGAGUGUUUUGAGAAUGCGUCAAAUGCUGAUUUAAAACCUCAACGAGUCGCAGAUGGAACUAUGGCUUUCAUGUUUGAGUCGUCAUUAAGUAUGGCUGUGACAGAGUGGGGAAAUAAAACCAAAGUAGAUGAGAAAUAUUAUGAAUGCUGGCAGCCAUUGAAAAAACAUUUUACCAUAGCUGAAAAGGAUACAAAUUCUGAUGGUGCAUCAAAAGCUAAAAAGAAGAAAGCAAAAUAAACUUCAACACAGAUGAAAUAUAUUCUAUGCCAAUUGAUAUUUUUAUUUACGAUUAUUGUUGCAUCAUCACAGCUUCUAUUUGUUUAAUUUUUGAUUUUUAAAUGGUUUAUUAUUUACAUUUAUAUAUGUAUCUUCGAUUGUUUAGUACAGAGCUCAAAUAAUUUCAGUUUGCAUCUUUGUUGGUGAAAUUUUCUACUUAUUGAAAUAGUAAUAGUAACUGUUGUUGAUUUUUUUAAAUAUUUUUAACAAAUGUAAAACUAAUAAUGUAUUUCAUAUUGAAGCAUUUGAUAUGUCUAGUCAUUUUGUAUAUACCAAUGUAAUU